CAACGUUUGACAUAUUUACUUGUCAUUAUUUAAAAACAAACGUGAGAAAAUUAAAAAUUCUUAUCAUUUUUUUCUUGCCUGAGCAGCUGAUUAGUUUCUGGGUACUAAAUUUCUGAAGUUCUGGACUGUAGACUAUUGAUCAGUUCUGUGCAAAAUUUUAAAAGUUACAGCUCACUCAACUGUACAUAACUUACACAAUGGAGCAAGCAAGUGCAAUAUUUGCCAAAAUAAAAAAAAUUGGUUUGAACAAGGAAAAACAGAAAGAAUUAAGUGAAUAUUGUAACGCAAAUGUUGAGCAGAUAUUAAAAAAUAUACCCCAAAUUAUCUUGAAGGAUGGUGGUGAAUUGCUGGAAUACAUUUUCUCUGGAUUACCAGACAAUAUCACACUAAGGUCUAAGAUAGUGGAUACUGUACUCCAAAAAAUAAGAUGUGAACCAUUGUCUAUCACACACUGUGGAGUAGUGAUAAGCAGAGUUUGCUUGGAGUUGCCUAGAUUACCUGUGGAGGACUUGGUGCGGUGGAGCACAGACAGUGUUCAAUCUGUUGUGGAGGACAGCGAUGUUAAUAUGAUUUGGAAAGACAUUCUGCCAGAAUGUUUAUACACUGUAUCCUCACAUGACAAUAUACAACACUGCGGUACGGAAAUGUCAGGGGAGGAGUUUAAGAUACAAUGUGUCUAUACUUUGUGCCAAUGUCGCUGGAACGAAAGACAGUUGGUUCAACUAACUACUAUGUUCAAGGCCAUGCAAUUAUCCCGUGCAGAUCUCAAAAAAGUAACUUGUAAGCUGUGUUCAAACAUUGUGGAUUUACCACCUGAAACACUACCUCUACUGGUUCACGAAUUGCUGAAAUUAUGCAAGUUGUAUAACAUGGAAAUAGUACUUUCCCACCUCAGCAAUUACUUCAAUUUGAAGCUAUACAAUUCUUUGGGGCCGCAACAGCAAGACUCUGAAUCGACUACUAUUGACAUGGAUGAUAUAGUUCAACACAGUACUAAGGAGUUGAGUCAAUGUCUCUCGACAUGCCUGUAUCACUUCACGCAAGGGGCCCUGGAUGCGGAGAUAAUUCGCAAACAUAUAAAGAAAUGGCCUAAGAUACAGUUGCUUCGAUCUCCGUUCCUGAUCGACUUGGCGCUCGCUGUUUCGGAUAAGGGGGCUACAUUCAGAACUGAAUGCUUGGACGCUAUAAAGUCAGCAAUAGAAUUUCAUGUACGAGACGGCCUACGUAGGAAGGAGUCAGCGUGGGUUCGGAGUUCAGAUUCCCCGGACGUUGAUGUACCAGUAUUACUCAAAGUUCUCACUAACGAGAGUACCAACCACCGCCAAUUCACAGUGCUCGGACUUAUAAAUCUGGCGUUUUCGCUCCUGUCAGUAUCCCGUAUAAAGCCGACGGCUCCGGCGUGUUGGUCAAAUGGGAAGUUAAUUUUAGUGCGACUGAGCAAGUCCCAACCGGAGACUGCCAGUCACAUCUUGAGCCAACUCGCUGACAGACUGUUAGGGGCAACCGAGCAACAAUAUUCAGAUUGCCUCUUCGUACUGUGCAAGCUUACUCCAGUUUCUGUCGAGCGAUGCCCCCAAUUGACUACGAUACUGGAGAACUGUCAACCCGUCGGCGACUAUAUACACGCAGCGCAAACGUACGCGGCCGUGCGACCUCUAAUAUCCUUUAGCACCAGAGUGCGGGACUCCCUUGUUAUGGUGUGUAGGAAGGGAUUGUAUUCCAGGGAAUCUCUCUACCGGUGUCUAGCGCUAUCCGGUUUCCUGACCGUAUUGAAAGAGAUAAAGCUAUCAAAAGGCCCACUUUCCCGGAGUCAGAACAGCGAUCAGUACAGUGCGAAUUCUUAUCUAACGCAACUGACUGUAGACUUCCACGCUACUAACCAAGGAACUGCAGUGACGUCACGAACGAGGAAUGAAACUAUAUGCUUAGAAGUCGUCUCUAUUUUACGAAGGUGUCUAGUCCAAGACGCUGCUGUCAAGAAAGUUUUGUACAAAGAAUUGUACGAAUGCACAAAAGAUAAGGUGGUGCUUCACGAGACAAUAUUGGAACUGUUGUAUGAGCACCUUUUUAAAUACCUACCGGACGAAGAUAGUGAAAAUCCACUUCUGUUGGACAAAUGCGUACAAAGGACAGCAACGGGCGCAAUUUUAGUGGAACCGAUAGGCCAUCUGCUGUAUGCCAUAGCGCAAUUCCUCCAGCCAGUAGAAGAGGAGGACCCUGAGGAUAUUUCACAGACUCCCAGCGAAGACAGUGCAGCCUUUUUACGGAACAAAUUACUCCAUAUAAUAGAAAAGUUGUGCAACAGCGAUAUACUGAGUAUGGUUGAUAUGGAGGAGCCCGGUCUAACGGACCUAACCCCAGAAUCUCGCGCCAAAAGCCUGAAGGUGCAACAAGUGAUGCAGUGCAUAGAAGCUCUCAUAGCGCAUCGAAUAAUGCAGUGGAACGUGAAUAACAGCGACGCCAGUUCUGUGUACAAAUUGUACCGGAUUCACCACCAGUUGAUGGAAAACACUAAGGGCUCGCCAAAAGUGGGCAGGAAGAAUAAAUCGUUAAAUGCAACUGGUGAGACAUCGAAGUCGCAGAAAUCUCAAAAAGAGCAGAAGGGCAAAGGAAAGGGCAAGGGGAAAGGGAAACCCGCCACAACAGUCGCUAACUUGGUCAAGGACAGAGCCGCGCCCUUCAAACCAUUGCCUUGUUUGUGGGACCUGUCAUUUUGCUUGAGAGUUUUGGAACUGCUUUAUAGUGAAAACAUACUGUGGUCGUCAGUCCCGCAGCGUAAUGAACUCCGGAGCAAACGUGAUUUUAAUUUGUUUGCGUUACGCAGCGUACUGUCUGCGCUACCCGAGAACACCAGCAAACAAACUGUUAGCACGCACGUUCUCUACAUUGCCACUUUGAUGUAUAAAAGAUGCAUUGCCAGAUUUCAAGAUAUGAGCGAUUUCGACGACCACACUACAUACGCUUGCCUCGAAUUAUUCAAAGCUUGCGCUUCGUUGGUCCUCUCAACGAAAUACUCUUUGAAAACAGAAAGUGUCCUCAAAGGAAUAGCCGGCACUUCCGAGCUACCGGAAUCAGAAUGCUUGGCAGAGAUAAUAGAGAAGGUGCACAAGGCGUUACAGAAGCUGGAAUCGGAAGGUGCGGAGGAAGAUUUGGACCUUAUCGGGAAGAAGACUUUCAGCAUGCUUGUGCAGAUAGCCACUUUGCUGUUGGAGACGCCAGUACUGGCCUGUGACGCUCUCAAUAAGAUGAUAGUGAAACUAGAAGACUACCUCCGUUCCAGCAAACAAGCGGAGGUACUGCCGUUGCUGUCUCCGUUGCUGACGGCGGCACAACGCGAGCAACAAGAGGCGACGUUGCUGGUGGAAGUGCUGACAGACUUAACAGCGGCACUGGGUGUGAUAGACGAAGAAAGCAGUUCAGCAUCUUCACAGUCGAACUUUCCAUCGAUAAACUCUAACAGCGGUCACACAGCGCUAAGUCUAGUGUGCGUACACCUGACCAGUCGCUUCAAAUGUACGGAACACUCGCUGAACAGAGCUCGCGACCUCACGGAAGCUAUCGGUGUAGCCGUCCAAUCGCACCAACAGAGGCUGGAACGCGAGCGCAAAGAGCUAUACAAGUCCAUAGUACUGCAGUUGUGUCAGCUGACCAGCUGGACCUGUACCGUGGCCAAGCUGCGCUGUAACAUCGGAGGUGACAGCAACCGCGUGUUUAGUGUGUGCGUGCGAAUGUUCUCGAUACUCUCCUCCAUGAUCAAGACGUUGGACUCCAACAUGGCGGUGUUUGUGCGGCCAGAGUUAGAGAGACUUUUAAAAUUCACGGGCAAAAAGUUGUCACCUGUUACCGACGACUUGAUAACUUACGUCGUUGAAGCGCAGGAACAAGGGGAAACGGCCAGCAAAGUGCUGCGUCGCACCAAACAAAGCCCACGACUUGUUUUGGAGAGGGAGCAGUUCUGCAAACACGUCAUACUCUUUGGAAACAAAGUUAAAAUAAACUUUCAACAAUAUCUGCCCGAGGGACCGGUGAGGGAUUUUAAGAUUAAAACCCAGCAGUUGCAAGGCGUACGUGGCGGUGAUGCAGACCAGAUGGAUGAUGAGGAUGAGGCCAAUGUUAGCAUCAACGACUGCGAUACAGUGGUAUUAUCUCCGCAUGGGAGCGCCCAAGAAGUUGAAGAUAGUGAUCAAAGUGAUGGGGAACCUUCUAGAACAAAACGCAGAAGGUUUUCAUGAGUUGUGAUAUAAUUAAAUAAUAUAUUGUUCGUUCUACCACUAAAAAGGUGUUUCAUUGUAUGCAAACGGCAAUCCCUGCAUACGAUGCUUGAAUAGAAAAGAAAUA